AUAUUAUCUAUAGUAUCUAUAUCCGUGGUUAAAACCAUAGACAUAUUAACUUCGUUUAAUUUAGUUAACAUGUCUAUGGUUCUAACAUCUCUAUUAUCACGAUAUAGGAAAGAUAAGAUAGAAAAUUCAAAUUCAAAAUUCAAAUUCACAAGACAUGUACCUAACCAUAUUUUGUUUAGUUUCUCUAUUUCCAUUUUUCAUUACUUUUUACCACGAACCAAAAUAUCUUAAUUAAAAUCAUCAAUUACUAUUGACAUUGUUUGUUUACAAAUCAAGUUGAAAAUGGUUGAUGCUGAUGAAGGGGUAAACUAAACUAUUUUUAUUCCAAUCUUACCUAUUUUGUAAAUAGUUCACCACAAGUUAAUAUUUUGGAGUUUUUGUUCAUUACUUUUAUAAUUUUACUGAUUUUCUUACGAUAAUUUUUAUAUGGCAAAUACAAUUCAGUUAAUAAAGUAAAAAUCUUUUAUAUUUAUUUUUCUAACAGAUUAUAUUUAAUUUAAAUUAUUACUAUUUCUUUAGUGUUUUUUCAUUUUAAAUUGGAUGAUUUGUUCUUACAUUAAAUACAUUAUUAUAUUACAACAAUAAAGUUAUAUAGAUAUAGCGAGUAUUGUUAAUUUUAUUAUUUAUAUUAUUUUAAAUAAAUAUCUAUUACCUAUAUUUAUGUAAUUAUAAGUAUUUUAGAUACACCAUUACAAAAAUUAUUAUUCAUAUUAAAACUGAAUAUAAUGAACAAAAUAAUAGCUAUAAAUUCAAACCUAUUUGGAAUCAGUUUAUUACUAAUGCAUUUUUAUAUUUUAAUGUUACAUUAUAAAAAAUAUUUGUAUUAGACUAUGUUUGUAGCGGAAGAAGUAAAUGACAUUAUUAAAGAAUCAAUUGAAAAUACUAUUGGUAAUAAUUGCUAUGAUCAAAGUAUGGAAAAUAUAUGGACAGAGGCUGUAAUUUUAAAUUGUCUAACAAAACUUUGCAAAUUGGACAAACCUUUUAAAUAUAUGGGUAAAGUGAAAAUAUAAUUAGUUAAAAUAUAGUUAUGAUUAUACUAAUAGAACAAAUAUCAAAAAAAGAUAUGUUCUAGUAAAAUUAAUUUUCAACUUCAUUAAAAAUACCAUAAAAAUGUUAUAGUUCCCACUUUUAUUUUACUUAUACCUUUUCUAAACAAUUAUUGAUAAUAUUAGAAUCUGUUAUCAUAUGGGUGAGAGAUUUCUAGCAUUUGCAUAUUAUUUUUGAAAGAUUAAAACAUUAGCAGAGUUAAAUAUAAUUACUUUUCAUUGUGUAUAGAAUCUAAACCCUAAAUUUAAUUUUACUUAUAUUUGCAUAGUUUAGCAGUAUUUAGCUUUUAAGUGCUAUAAAAUAACAUACACUCAUAUCUCAUCUUAUUGUAUGCCACAUAUUAUAAAUGUUUUUUUUUCUAUUUUAUUGUUUAAAUUCAUAUGCUUUAAUGUGCAAUAGCUAAGUCAAAUAAACUAUCUUAAAAUAAUUACUUUAGUUAACAAUCAUUAAGUCAAUGACUUGAAUUAAAAAUCUUAUCACAAAGUUUUUAGUAUAAAAUUUCAAUAAAAAAAUAUUUUCUAGAGCAUAGUUGCAUAUUUGGUUGCUUUUUUAAGGAUAUUUGCAUGUUUUUUUUGAGUUAGAAGUCCCUAAGCCUAAUUAUCAUAUUUAAAAGAUUUCUACUGUAUGUAUAUAUAUAAUUGUAAUCAUUUAGUAUUUAAAAUAAAUUUGAAUACAAAUGCUUUAAUAUAUUUAUUUUGUUUGGCAGUGACAUGUGUUAUUAUGCAAAAAUCUGAUGCUGCUGAUACACAUACAGCUAGUGCAUGUUAUUGGGAUAAUACAACAGAUGGUAGUUGCACAGUUAAAUGGGAAAAUCAAACAGUUCAAGCUAUCGUUACUGUUUUUGGCAUUUUUAUAUAAAUAUUUAAUUUAAACACAUUUUUAAGUUAUUUUGUUCAAAAUGAAUAAAUAUUCAUUCCAAAUAUUAAUUUAUAGUAGAUUGGCCUGAAGUAUUAAUAGUUGUUCUAUUAAAACCUGGUUAUUUGUUAAAAUCACCACUCCUAGAUAAACAGCAACCAAAAAUACUUCUGGCCUAUUUUUUUUUUUUUUUUUAUCAAUAUGAAGAACCAAAUGUUAAUAUUUAAAAUACAAAACAAUUAUUUCUGAUGUUUUUAUUUUUAUUUAUGUAAAAUAAUUUGUUUUUACAAAUAGUAAAUUUAUUACUUAUUGGCGAAAUUGAAUUUAUUAUUCAUGUAAACAAUAAACUGAUAAUAUAUUUUUUAUUAAUAUUUUUGUUCAUCAUAUUUACAAAUUAAAUCAAUCUAAUUUUUGCAUUUUUGUUGACUAUCUCCAUCAGUAAUUAAACCUGGAACUCUAUAUAAAAAAUCUCCAUUAUCAUCAUAAAAGCAAUCUUUUACUUUAUACAUAUAUCCUUCUUUCCAAACUUGUUUAGGUAUUCGUAUAGCCAAUGGAUAGUCAUUCAUUGUAUCAAUAUAUGUUGAAACUUCUUUCCGAGAAAUAACACUAGUAUUCUCUUGUAAACUUGCUUCAACUGUGGCUAUGUCAACACUUUUUUCAUUUGACUGCAAGGUUUGUGGCAUAUACCAUUUGAAUGACUUGUUUUGUGAAUUAUUUUUAAUAUCAUCUAAUGUAAAAUGUUUCUUUGAUUUAUCAGUAAUUGUGUUAUCUUCAUAAAUUCGUUCAACAUGAGGUUCUUCUUUAGUUUCAAUUUGUGUAAGUUCAUUUUGAUCAGAAGGUUCACCAAGGUAACUAGUAAUUAUUUGACCAAAUUCUUCACGCUUUAAAAAAUCUGAAGCUGGUUUUGAAAUAAAGGCUUCAGCUUCUGUAAUACAUCAAUAUAUA